UUUGACACAUUAGCAGUCAUAUGUGGUCAGCUGAUUCAUUGUGGUCCUCUGGUAUGUGUUUCGAUCUUAUUAGUCUUACAACAUAAGAUGGUCCAGGAAAGAAUAAAAGACGGCAGUGAAGUUUGUUGAGACUAUUUUCCUUAAGCAGUUCUACAACACGGUCAACCGUGACCUUAAGAUGGAGUUCAACUCAAAUAGCACCUAUGAUAAUGACUCAUAUGAAGAGUUAAUCCCAAUGUGUGAGGUUGAUGACUAUGAAAAAACGACUGGUGUGUGCUACGCCACGAUCUUCUGCCUCAGCAUCCUUGGUAAUGGCUUCCUCGUGUGUGCGCUCACCUGCUACGAAGACCUGAACAGGGCAACCAACCUUUUCAUGUUCUGUUUGGCUCUUUUUGACCUUCUGUUCACACUCACAUUGCCUUUCUGGUGCGUGGAGCUUCUUAAUCACUGGGUUUUUGGAGAUGUUGUCUGUAAGAUCAUGACCGGGGCCUAUUUUGUAGGCAUCUAUGGAAGCCUCAUCCUUCUCACCGCCAUGACCCUCGACCGUUUUGUUGUGGUUGUGGUCAGAAGUUACUGGUUAACACGAAGUAGAAGGCUCAACUGUUCAAAGGCCGCCUGCAUUGGUGCAUGGAUCUUAAGUUUGAUUGCUUGUCUGAGAGAUUCAAUAGCCGCAAAGGCACAAGAUGUACAUAUCUACAAAUACUCAUGUCAAAGUCCCAAUACAGUUGAUGACAAAGUCGGAUAUUACGCUCAGCUCAUUCUGCUGUUUCUUGUACCGUUUGCCAUCAUUGUUUUCUGUUACACCAAAAUCAUUUUGACCCUCAUGUCAACAUCGACCAGGCAGAAAUACAAAACUGUGAUACUGGUGCUGUGCAUUGUUAUCGCUUUCUUCAUAUGCUGGGGGCCCUAUCAUAUCAUCAUUGUGUUGAUGUCCAUCUAUAACUUUGAUUCCUGUGAACAUUAUCAGCUGCAUAUUGCAUUUAUCGUCUGCAGGAUUCUGGCAUUUUCCCACUGCUGCAUAAACCCGGCGCUGUAUAUUGUCAGAGGGAAGUACAGAAAUCUCUUGUCAAGUUUAUUGUUCUGCUCGCCUGAACUCAGGCAGUCGGGGCUCUACAGAGGACCAACGGAUCCCAGCGACUCCAGGAUUCAUCCAUACAUGAAUGAAGGAGCUCGAGAAAAUUGUGAAGUGCAACAAACAAAUACGAUAUAAUGCAUGGAGAUACUACGCAAGAGGUCUUCAAUAUCAGUUAUGAUUAUGACUUCAACCACACAUAUGAGGAAUAUUAUCCUUUGGUGACAUUAGAGGAAGAGAAUCUUUCACUUAGGAUAAUCAGUGCCAUUUGCUGCAGUCUCAUCAUCUGCAUCAGUCUACCCGGAAACAGCUUUUUGCUUUGGGUGGUCUUAAAGAAAGUGGGUUUGAGCAGCUCUGCUCAUUGUUUACUCCUCCAUCUGACAGUGUCCAACCUCAUUUUCUCCUUCACAUUGAUUCCCUGGACAAUCAAUCAUAUUUGGGGAUGGAUAUUUGGAUAUCUGGCAUGUAAGCUGUUCACCUGGAGUAUCUUUUUGGGCCUGUACAGCUACAUGAUGUUCCUCACAGUCAUGACAGUCCAUCGAUACGUCGUGGUGGUCUAUCCGGUGUUCGCUUCAUCUGUAGGGAAUCGCAGAAUUUACAUGCACAUCUCGUCUGCUGUGGCUUGGUUGAUCUCUGUGGCCUUCAGUCUGCCUGAAAUGAUCUUCUCUGGGACUGUGGAUGGACCUGAUGGUGUAUAUUGUGUUCCCACCAAUAACUCAGUGUUUGUGGAGGUGUAUGAAUAUUUUACUCAAAUGAAUCUCUUUUUUUCCUGCUCCCAUUCCUGGUUAUUGUGUUUUGCUACAUUCGGAUGGGUUUUUCCAUCCUUCAGUGUCGCAUCUGAAGCAGAAACAAUGCCGUAUGCACCAUCCUAAGCAUCGCAGUGGGAUUCUUCAUCUGCUGGGCACUGUAUAACAUCUUCCUCUUGUCCUUGAGGUCUCUAGGUGUUUUUGUGUUUAGGAAGAGUGUUUUGGAGACCAUCUACUGCUCCACUCACAUUCUAGCGUAUUCCCACUGCUGUCUGAAUCCACUUGUCCACAUCUUUGGAGGAAAGAAGUUCAGGAAGUACCUGCCAUGGAGCAGAGGAUUCUGUCGGCUCUCGAGGUUCAGCGUGUAAAUGUUUAGAAACCCAAGCAGAUUCUCUGGUCAGUUUCAUCACUGAUCAUGUCAAAGGUCAUGAUGUCAUUUUGUUGCAGCUCCAAAGUGAGUCACAUGACGUUUACAGUGCAGAUGAUUGGCUCAAAAAAGUUAUUGAGAUGAAUAACAGAUUGAUAGCAGAGGU